AGCACAACACCUACCUCACCUCACCUUACACACCCCCAAAAGACGCCAUCAUGACGUCCAUGGCAGCAGCGAUCGCUGCGUCCCUCCCCGCGCAGACGGCCCCGACCCCCGCCCCCGCGCCGGCGCCAGCCAAGGUGCCCGCGCGCAUGGAGGGCUUCCUCGACGUCGAGGCCGCGCGCGACGUCGAGAGCGUCAAGCUCUCGUCGCUCGUUUUCCUCAAGGUGCUCAAGCACUCGACCGACUCGCUCCCCGCGCCCCCGCCCCAGACGUUCCAGCAGGACCGUAACGCCCCGCCCCCGACCAACCUCUCGAGCCACCCCGACGCGCUCGGCGUGUUCCUCGGCCUCGACCUCGACGGCGUCAUGGAGGUCGAGGACAGCUUUGCCCUCCCUGCUGGCGAGACGUCGCUUGGUGCCCACUCGUACUCCAACCGCCUCCUCGGCCACCUCCGCGAGGUCCAGACCCCCGACUCGCCCGUCGGCGUCUACCUCUCGACCCACAACGGCGGCUUUGUCACCCGCGGCGCCGUCGACCUCAUGGUCGCCGUCGAGAAGGCCGCUGGCCGCGGCAAGGCUAUCCUUGUCAUCCACGACGCUGGCAAGGCCGCCAACUCGUCCGACCUCAGCAUCAAGGCGUACAAGCUGUCUGAGGGUGCCCAGGAGGCUGCCAAGAGCGGAAAGUGGGACGUCACGGCCCUUGCCGAGAACAAGCUCACCGCCGCUACCAUGCUCACGCCCCUCCCCCUGACCGUCUCGUCGCCCGCGCUCAUCAACGCGUUCCUCGCGACCCUCACGACGCCCGCGACCACCGCCGCGCCCUCGCUCUCGUCGCCCGCCGUUCCCCUCCCCCCCACCUUCCUCCCCCUCGUCAACCCCCUCCCCCACUCGCUGCCCGAGUACCUGAGCAACACGCUCGACGGGCUCACGCUGCACACGCACGAGGCCAACAACCUCGCGUUCAUGACGCGCCAGAUUGCGCGUGAGAAGGCAAAGCACGAGCAGACGAUCAAGGAGCGCGAGGAGGAGAACGCCCGCAGGCGCAAGGCCAACCAGCCCGAGCUCCCCGCCAUCUCGGCAGAGAUCCGCGGCGGCACAAAGGAGCCAAGCAGGUUGGAGAUGCUCUGCCUUCAGGGCCAGGUCGACGGCCUGGCAAAGUCGAUGGGUGCCGAGGCCGGCAAGGGCCUCGUCAGGUGUUAUCUGUAGCCUAGUACCAGUCAGUGGGGUACACUAGCUUGAUGUAGAGCGCGCCGCUCGAGCCGCGGUGCCAUGCAUUGGUUGUGCAUAGA